AUGACAAGAUAUGAACUCUACUACUUUGAUGGCCGUGGCAGAGGCGAAGUGGUUAGAUGGAUGCUGCACUAUGCUGGAAUUGAAUUUAUUGAUCACAGAGUGCCUCGGCCAGACUGGCCAAAAUUGAAGGGAGAUGGGAAAUGUAAGAUUCUUUUUUUCUAUGUAUUCAUUUUCUGCCUAAUGUCUAUUUUUACUGUAGAGGAAUAAGUUGUUCGUUUUAUUUUAUCAAUCUGUCGGGAAAAUAAUGUGGAUUUAUCGCAGUAAAAUGUCUUGCCUCGCCGCAGUUGCGCACCAAAUCUCCGGCUAGUCGUCACAAAGCUCUGAUGCACUCCAAGUCGCAACAAAUCCGCAUUAUUUUUUUUUUUUUGCCAAUAUAAUACGUAGCAGCUAAAAAAUGCGUAAGCUUCAUCAUAAACCUACCCUUUUUCAGUAUUUCCCUACGGAGUGAUGCCGAUUCUUUGGGUGGACAACGAUCGCAUUGCCGAAUCGCAUGUGAUCAAUCGCUAUGUGGCCCGCUUGGCCAAACUCGACCAUUCCGAUGACGCAAUUGAUGCUGCGCAUCUGGAUGAAGUCUACGAACUUGGUCGCGCAUUUUAUGACAAUAUCUUUAAAUAUGUCCUCAUAGUUUGUGGUCGCGUUGCUGGCGACAAAUUGGAAGCCCAAAGGGAAAUUCUAAUGCCAAAUGUGGACAAGUAUUUCCCGUUGAUCGAGAAGCACAUAAAGCCAAAUGGCUGGUUCAGCGAGAGGGGAGUCUCGUAUGUGGACUUUUAUUGGGCCGCAAUCAUCGAUAUGCUGAUGUUUUUGGCCCUGGAUUACACUGAGAAAUUGGGAAAGUCCGUGGAGUUAUGGAGAAGAGUGCAAGAGCUGCCACAACUUCAAGAAUAUCUGAAAACUCGGAAAUAA